AUGUGGUCGCUACUGAGCUGGAUUGGCAUUGCCCUGCUUGCUAGCCAGGCACAAGCGCUCUACUUCUACAUCGAUGGGCCAACCCAGAAGUGCUUCUUCGAGGAACUGCCCAAGGACACGUUAGUAGUUGGCCACUUCAGAGCAACACAAUGGAACGACCAAUCACGAACCUACCAAGACAACGACCAGAUGGGCAUCUUCAUCACCGUCGACGAAAUCUUCGACAGCGACCACCGCGUCGUCUCCCAACGCGGCUCCUGGCUCGGCAAAUUCACCUUCACCGCCGCCGACUCCGGCGAGCACCGCAUCUGCUUCACCCCGACCAACGUCCCCGCAACCUCCGGCUUCCUCUUCUCCGGCUCGCAAGUCGGCGGGAUCAAGUUCGAGCUUGAUCUCGCAAUCGGCGAGACCUCUCAGAUCGAAAGCAGUGACAAGGAUAAGAUUGGAGAAGUGGUGCAGAAAGUGCGAGAUCUGAACGCGAGGUUGCAGGACGUGAGGAGGGAGCAGGUCUUCCAACGAGAGAGGGAGAUGGAGUUUAGGGAUCAGAGCGAGAGUGUUAACUCGAGGGUUGUGAGGUGGGCGGUGAUACAGUGUAUUGUGUUGGCGCUCACUUGUGCGUGGCAGUUGACGUAUUUGAGGGCUUUCUUCAUCAAGCAGAAGUUGACGUAG